GUUCCGUUGACUUCUUUGCUUCGUUGACAGCAGUGUGCUUUUGACAUCGGCGAAGGGGUUCGGUAUGGCGAGGAAGCCCCUCCGAUGGCAGCCGAUUGCUGCGAGUGAAGGAGCUGUUGUUGGUAUUGCUGCUGCUGAUGAUGUUCUCUUCCAUGUUGAACAAGCGAUUGUUGGUUCGUUGUGCUGCAAGGUCGGAAAGAAACGUGGUCGGCCGCGCCGUGGGUUGUUAUCGCAUCGUGGCUUGGAAUGCCAGGGGGCGGUGGAUGCUCCGGCCGCGGCCCAGCGAAGGGACAAUGUUGUUGCUGCUACUGCUGUGCAUCUGGUUUGGACUGCCGGGCGUCGCGGUCCCCAGGACCGCCAGGGGUUGGGCGCCAACCAACCCGCCGCCGUAGCUAGGCUUCGGGGGAAGGGGGCUAUGUAUCUCUUCCCAGUCAGGAGGGGGAGAUUACUUGGAUGGGUUGUGGUUUGGGCUGGGUCCGUGAAAUAGGGUCUCGCUGGGCCGUCUUGUGAGUGGAUGGAGCCCCUUGGGGUGGGCGAAGGCUUGACGGGAAGGAAGAGCAUUUGUUGUAAGAGCUCUCCUGGGCCCCCUCCUCUCCGCCACCCCCUCCCCGAGGACUGCAACGUAGUCAACGAUGGGGUUAUGGAAGAGCGGAGGGAACUACCCAGUAGAGGAACGCGGCUAAGUGAAUCCCCCGUGAGCUGUUCAUAGUCUAGCCGCAAGCAGGAUUGUUCCGAUGAGCACGUCGUAGGAUUCCUUGUCACGGUCUGUGAGGAUCCGCC